CAGACCGGCACGAUGGGCAAGAAGGGCAAGAAAGAGAAGAAGGGCCGCGGGGCGGAGAAGACGGCCGCCAAAAUGGAGAAGAAGGUGUCCAAGCGCUCGCGGAAGGAGGAGGAAGACCUUGAAGCUCUCAUAGCCCAUUUCCAGACACUAGAUGCCAAAAAGACUCAGAUCGUGGAGACGCCCUGCUCUCCCCCUUCACCAAGGUUAAAUGCCUCUCUCUCUGCUCAUCCUGAGAAAGAUGAAUUAAUCCUUUUCGGAGGUGAAUAUUUCAAUGGCCAAAAAACGUUUUUAUAUAAUGAACUGUAUAUCUACAACAUCAGGAAGGACACCUGGACCAAGGUCGAAAUCCCCAAUCCACCUCCGAGGCGCUGUGCUCACCAGAGAGUCAAGAAAGAUGUGGACAAAGGCACCCAGCAUUCAGAUAUGUUCCUAAAAAUGAAGAAAGAGGGACGAGAAGGUUCGGGCAGAUGGGUGUGGACUCGGAUCAACCCUUCAGGCACCAAGCCCACUCCCAGGUCUGGCUUUUCUGUGGCCAUGGCCCCAAACAGUCAAACGCUGCUCUUCGGGGGUGUCUGUGAUGAGGAAGAGGAGGAGAGCCUGGAGGGCGACUUCCUCAAUGACCUGUACUUCUACGAUGCCACCAAGAACCGCUGGUUUGCAGGACAGUUGAAGGGGCCCAAGGCAGAGAAGAGGAAGCGGAGGCGGGGCACAAAAGCAGAGCCUGAGGGAGCCAACGAGCAGGACUGCGGGGAGGCCAGUGCCCAGGCGCCCCGAGAGGUGGUCAGAGAGGUGGUCACAGAGGACGGAACAGUGGUCACCAUUAAGCAGAUGCUCACAGCCCCAGGCCCGUCAAAACAGCCACAGCCGGAUGAGGACGAUAGCCCAGAGGAAGCAGGCGGCCCCUUGGUGGAGCCCCGACCCCGCUCCAAUGCCAUGCUGGCCGUGAAGCAUGGCCGACUCUACCUCUUUGGGGGCAUGUUUGAGGCCGGUGACCGCCAGGUCACCCUCAGUGACUUCUACUGCCUUGACCUGCAUAAAAUGGACCAGUGGACGGUGUUGGUGGAGGCGGAUCCAGAAACACAGGAGUGGCUGGAGGAGACUGACUCGGAGGACAGCGAUGCUGCUGAGGGCGCUGAGGGCGGAGAGGAGGACGAGGAGGACGAGGACAGCAGUGAGGAGGACCAGGAGCCACAGCACCCCUUGGUGACGCCUGGUGAGCAGUUUGCAGACUACCUGCCUAGGACUGAGCAGUAUUGGGUGAGGCUUGCCCGAGACGAUGCUGGGUCAGAAGCAAAGGAGAAGAGAGUGCUGAAGGUAGCCCAUGCCAUGGCAAAAGCUUUCUUUGAUGACUCAGCAUGAGCCGCCAGCCUGGGCCAGAAGUUAAACUGAGUGAGGUUGUCUUCCCUCCCCGUCACUGGUGUGAUUUAAAAUAAACUGGACUUGGAACAAG